AUGGUGAACACGCCGCUGGACGCCGCCAACUCGCUCACCAUGCUGCAGUCGCUGAUGCAGGAGAUGGGCCCCUUGGGCGGGGGCCCGAGCGGGGUCCCCUCGGGCGACGCCAGCGACGCGCACUACCACGCCGGCCAGUACUCGGCCGCUGGCGACGACGACAGCUCCGCCUCGCCGCACCCCAGCGUCAUCGUGUACGGCCACUGCGUGGAGGCGCUGGCGUGCGUCGCGACGCUGCUCGUGAGCGACGUCCCGGCGCCCUACAUCACCGUCGUCGAGGCCUUCCCCUCGCUUCCCAGCGUCUCGUGCUUCAACGACGCCGAGGUGGACGACGCCGUCAUCGCCGAGCUCAAGGAGCUCAACAUCAACAUCUACUCGCACUGCACCUUCAACGACUGGAAGUACGACGAGAUCGAGAAGAAGGUCGGAACGGAGCUGGCAAACGAACUUCUGAAGGAAAUAGACCCAGAACUAGAAUACGCCCUGAGAAGAAAAUAUGUGUUUAGAAAACCGAAAGAUAUAGAGAAAUAUUCGAGCGAUAUAGCUUGUUACAAAAUCCCGAAAUUCCUGCAGCCGCUGAUCACGUGUUGCGUUCUCCCGGGAGGGUACAACUAUCUCAAUGUUGUCGCCCCAGGACCGCAAAUGCCGUUGGAGGUCGCUAUGUGCCAGGAUUCAUACAAAAGUGAUAGAGAUUUUGAUAUUCGCAGGUAG